AUGAAGUCGGAACAAGAUGACCAGAACGGCAACAAUGGCGCCAGGCCGACCACCCCUCUACGCUCAAUGCGUGCCUUCCCGGCUGCCCCUCCUGUCCUGAACCCCAAUGGGAUUCACUUUCAGCCCCAGCUGCCCUCCACCCAGUUUGGACCUAUGACCCAGACGUACAUCCCUCGUCGGGAUCCCCCUAGCAUGGCUUAUUUCGCUGGCCCGGCUGCUGGUUUUCCUCAGGUCACCGGUCAAGACACUCACUUGUGCCAGAUGGGUGGUUACGCCCUCCAAGGAGGCUACAUGAUGGGUCCUCAGGGACCUGUGGUGUCGUCCCCCGCCAGCGUCACCAUGCCUGCCAUGCCCGCCAUGCCCGGCGCUGGUAUGCCUGCCAUGGGCAUGUUUGGCCCUCAAGGUGGUCCCAUUCCGCCCAGCUUCCCCGGCGCCGGCAUUGCCUACUCUCGGAUGCAGCCGGGCAUGAAUCCGUUGAUGCAGAUGCCGAACGGUCACGGCCACCAAGCUUUCCCUGGUAGCCCAACUCCUGAUGCGCAGCCUCCUCACGUCCACUUUGAGCCUGCCUUGGGCAUUGGCCUCACUCAGAGCGAGCGAUUGGCUGCUGACAUUGAGCAUGCCAAGCAGGAGGGAUGCUUCGAGCCUCAGGACUUUAUGCCGGCCAACAGGGACCCGUACAAGGAGUGGUGGGUGGAGGAGGUGGAUGGCCAUUGGGGUCUCUACCAGCGUCGUCAGAUUGAUCGGCUCAAGCACAAGUGGUAUGUGAGGGAUGGUUGGUUUUAUGCCAAGCGUCUUGAGGCUCCUCCUGAUGUCUAG